AUGGAGGAGAAGGAGCGAUGUAGGAGCAGGUCUCCAGCUCGGAGCACCAGCCGCGUGCAGCAGGUGGUCGGGACCAUAAUAAGACGCACCCGAGAGUCCCUCAGCAGGGAGCGGUUACUCGGUGAUGGGAGGUCGCAGCGCUCCAACAGUCUGUCCAAUCAGAACUUCCAGGCCAAACUUCAGCUGCAGAUCACCAGAGACUCGGUCCUGGACAGCAGCACAGGCCAUGGCUUCACCCUCAGCACAGAGCCCCCCCUGCUGGUCAUGGACAUCUGCCCAGGGAGCCCUGCAGAUGGGAUCCUCUACCCGGGGGACCAGGUACUACAGAUCAAUGACAAAGUGCUGGAGGAUUUAAGCCCGGAACAACUGGAACACUUCUUGAGAAACAUGGAGGAUUGUAUCACUGUAACCAUUCUACGGCACAUGACGAAUCCAAAGUCGUCCAUCAUGUCGGCAGAGAAGAGAGCCCGCCUGAGGAAUAAUCCAGUUAAAGUGCGCUUUGCAGAGGAAGUGGUGGUCAACGGGCACACUCAGGGAAACUCUCUUCUUUUUCUGCCCAAUGUCCUCAAAGUCUAUCUGGAGAAUGGCCAGACCAAGGCCUUCAAGUUUGACAACACCACCACAGUCAAGGACAUUGUUCUGACUCUGAAGGAUAAACUGUCCAUCCGGGCCAUUGAGUUCUUUUCUCUGGUGCUAGAGCAGCAGUACAGCAUCACCAAACUGCUGCUGCUGCACGAGGACGAGCUCAUUCAGAAGGUGGUGCAGAAAAAGGACACCCAUGAUUACAGAUGUCUGUUCCGAGUCUGCUUCAUUCCCAGAGACCCCAUGGACCUGCUGCAGGAGGACCCCUCUGCGUUUGAGUAUUUCUUUUUACAGAGUGUCGGAGACGUGCUUCAGGAGAGAUUCGCGGUGGAGAUGAAGUGUAACACGGCUCUGCGGCUGGCGGCGCUGCACAUGCACGAGAGGCUGGAUAGUUGUGGACAGACGAGGACAUCUAUCAAGAGCAUAACGAAAGAGUUUGGCCUGGACAGCUUCAUCUCGCCGACGCUUCUCGGUAACAUGAGGGAGAAGGACCUGCGGAAAGCCAUCAGCUACCAUCUGAAAAAGAUCCAGGCGCUGCUGGAGCCACGGCAGAAGGUCAUAGCUGCUACUCAGGCUCGACUGGCCUACCUCACUCAGCUGGGAGAGCUCAUUUCAUACGGAGGGCGCUCCUACAAUGCCACUAUGAUGCUUCAGGACCGAGAAGUGCCGGUGAGCCUCCUGGUCGGAGCAAAAUACGGAAUGAGCCAAAUCAUCAACCACAAACUGAACGUGAUCUCGACGCUGGUGGAGUUCAGCAGCAUCAGCCGCGUGGAGCUUCUGUCGGAGUCGGAGAAACUCAGCCUGCUUCGCAUCUCGCUGCACGACAUGAAGCCAUUUGCCUUACUGAUGGACUCUCUGGCAGCCAAAGACUUAGCAUGUCUGCUGGGAGGCUACUGCAGACUCCUGGUGGACCCCAAUGUCAAUGUCUUCCGUCUGGGGCGCCCGAAAGUGAGGGUGCACCGGAUACCUGCUGAAGAAGGUGUGUGUGGGAAGUUCGCCGUUGUAGAGGGCCUGUGCUAUGAAUCCCUGACAAGUUAUGUGUCCCGCUGCUGCAGUGACUCAGAAGAAUCGUCAGACGACGACGACCCGAUGGACUCGAACCGCCACGACCCCGCAAUUCAGGACUGGGAGGAGCGGAGGAGGGAGGCGGCGGAGAAGAGGAGAGAAGAGGACCGGCUGGAGAGGGAGGAGCAUCAGGGAAAACAGGAGGUCAAGAUCAUCGUUACCACGGAGAGUAAAGAAGACGAAGGUGAAGAAGGUGCUUCAGGAAGUGUGUUGAGGAAGUUUUCUGUGAUGGAGGACAUUAACAGAGAGAAUAACUGGUACCACACGGAUCCACGCGUCACCUGCAGCUUCUCCAGUCUGUCCAGCAGCUCUCUGAGUGCCGCUCUGGACGACAGCAGCAGCGCCGCGGCCAAAACGCCGUCACACUCGGAGGUGCAAGCGGCUAUAGAUGUCCACCACCCCUACCUCCUCGAGCCCAAACCUCACCAAGCCCCUCUGCGCCCCACUAACCUUAACUACUGUGGGGCGGACAACUCGUACCUGUGCUUCACGGACCUCUCCAACACAGACUUCAUGCCCAGUCCGGCCGGGGCGACGAGCGAUGACGACGAUGACGAUGAUGACGAAGAAGAGGAGGAGCAUCCACUUAAAUCUAUGCGCCGCAUUUCAAAGAUUCCCAGUUCCAGGGAUUUGACCAUGAUUGACAGUAUGCCGUUCAAACGAUCCCCGAUUAAAAAGAAGAAGACUCCCCCCAAAGUCCCAGUUAGAACCAGUUCGAUACCUGGCAACAAAGGGCCGCAGGCAGAGCGGCGGCUCUCCAAGGACGAAGACGCCAUGCGCCUUACGCCGUCUCCAAACGUUGGCCCGUCACUGAUGGUGAAGGAAAGUGCUUCAGAGUCUGAGGAGGAGUUUUAUGAUGCAAAGGAGAGAUUUACGCCCCCAAUGCCAGAUCUUUCAGACAAAGAAUUUGCUGACCGGUGCAACGCUAAUCGCCUGAGUGGCAGUUGGAACAGCUUCCCUGCAUCCUCUGCAAAAGCUCCGCCCUCCCCACUCGCCGCUAAAUCGUCUAACGUCAAGAAGGAAGUGAGCAUGAUCAAAACGCAAGCAAAUUAUCUCAACAAACAGGAGAAGAGUCCUCCAAAGACAUAUCCUAAACCUGAUAUUAAGGUCAAACCAAAACCGCCAGUUGCCCCUAAGCCUCAGCUUCUGCCCAAGCCAAAAGUCACCCCUCCAAAGUCACCUCAAAAGUAUUCUCACUGUAACGGGGACGCCUCGGGACGCCUCUCCUCUGAUCUACUGGAGAUGGAGCCAGAGACGAUGGAGUUUAAGUCAGUCACGUCAGGCGGGCUGCCUCUUUCCUCACCUCUAAUCACUGCAGUCCGCUACAGCCAGCAACCACUUCCCAGCACAACACUACAGACGGAGGAGAAACGGCUGCAAAACGGCUUGAAACCAACUAAAGACGUCCCACAUGUGAAUGGAGUUUCAAAGGACAAAUACAUAGUAGAUAAAAAUGUUGAUGUUGAGAUAAAGAGCAAUGGUAUAGCCACAUCUGCGAACAACCAACAGUCAAUGCCACGCUCAAAUUCAGGUACAAAACUAGCGCCUCCUCCAGUUCCCCCAAAACCCACUGGUCCCAUAAACCUUGUCCCCUUAACGCUACCUGCCAGUUCCCCUGUUUCUCCAACAGACUCAAACAAAAGCAUAUUCAAGGACGUAACCAACCCUCCGAAUGGGAUCUAUCCCUGGAGCAGUCGCAACGGUACCAUCCAGUCCGGGCCGAGGAGGGUGUCUGUCAGCCACGAGAGCCUUUCACCCAAAAACUCAGAUGCGCCGCUCUCCCUCACCUCCAACACCUCCUCGGGCAGCGGGGGUCUUGACAGCAGGGAGCCAGGAAGAUCCGGGUCAGGGUCUGAUCUGCGCACCAGCUCCACCAGCCUCGGCGGGAGACUUCCAGCUUCGGCCCUGAGAGGAAAGAUUCAAGCUUUGCCCUGGUACAUGACGCGCUCACAAGAAAUCUUAGGAACCCUUGAUUACCCGUCCACCAGCUCCAUCAACGGAGACACAUCUGGGUUUGGUUCUGGGCUUUCUGUUGCGAGUGGAUUGUCGGAUCUGAACAAGACGCCUGUAAAAGAGAAAGACAUUUGUAUCGCCUCGAAACCGGAAAAGAAAGAGUUCCUAGAAGACGGAGCGCAGGUUGUUAUCGCCACUUUCAAGGAAGCACAGGACGUGACGUCGCACAUGAACAAGGCCAACGGGACGAACGGGUCGUACUCAAACCUCAACAGCAUCUACAGCGGGAACGUGUCGUCGGAGCAGCCACAGUCUCGCCCCAGCUCGGCCGUGGGGCUCAGAGGUGUGAUGAACAUGCACGAGGGAGGGGGGUCGCCCACCUCGUCCCUGGCAGACGGCACCCCGCCACAGCAGCACAAAGACGCCUGCGGAUGUCGUACCGUGUAUGCCAACUGCUUCAGUGGAGACAGCGAGGACGGAGUGAGCUUCGACGAGGACAUGACCGUGUUCGAAUUCUCCAGACGAACAAAGCCCAAACCUCCCAGCCCAGCGCCGCCUCCUGCUCCUUCCACUUCUUCUUCGAACUCAAAUCUCAUUUCGCUACUGAGGGACAACCCCAGGCCGCUCUCCACCUUCUCCACGGCCUCCUCCGAAUUCAGUCCACUUGUCUCCUGUCCGGUGUCUCCCACGGCAUUGCGAGGAAAUCCCCUCCGAUCAUUCACAAACAAAAACUACGGCGGGCUCAAGGGUGGUUUUGCGACUUUAAGGCAAGACAUUGACCAACUCCUGCUUGUCUUGGAACAAGGGGUACUCGAACAAGAAAUUUACAAUCAUGAAUCGGAUGAGAAGAGCCUGAAAGAUGAACCAGAUCUGAAUCACAAUGGGACUAAUGGAACUCGAGGGGUCUACUGUAGCAGGAAAAGUCAAGUUACAAUGAGUGAAGUUGAGAGGACUCUUCUUCAGGCCGAGGCGAGGAGGUUGGCUUCCGGGUGUCAGCGAGCCACACGUGUUGGCUGGGCCCCUGACGAAGCCUUGCGUUCGCUGUCCAAUAGUUUUAGCGCUCUGGUCCAGUUAUCCGCAGCCUGUUUGCGAACAAAACCGUGCGGUCGCUGUGAGGUUUGCCUGAGCGCGAUACAUAAAGACGGUGUGGACGAUGAUCUCGAGCCCAUGGACAAGUUAAAAGAAAUACUAGGGCUGUAUAGGGAGUUUGUGGGGGCCGUGGAGAGUGCGGGAACAGGGGGAGGACUGAAAAACCAAGGGGAGACAGAUGGCGUUCGUCUAUUGGCCAAAAGAUGUACUGUUCUUAUUUCUUCUGUGUUCGCUUUGACGCAGCUGUUUCGCACACAACCGCCAGAGACAUCGGAGCCUCCAAGUCAAACAGCUAACCACGCAGCUAGUCACACGCCUGGUCCAGUACCUCUCAAAUUCUGA